AUGAUGGCUCUUCGCAAAGAAGUGGCUACCACUACCAUUGGAGAAAUAUACCAACUGGCUCUAGCCGCUCUUGACAAACUGUGUGAACAACAACAGAUGUUCAAACAGCUCAGCAAAAAUUCAAGCAAACUCAAAGGAGCAUGGAAUAAAUCUUAUUUGAAGAUCAAAUGCAAAGAGCCAAGCACGUGUGAAUGCAAGCCAAAGAAAAAGACCCAUUGGCAAUCACCAACCAAAGCAUUUCAUCAAAAGGCAUUUAGAUGGGGAAGAAGGAAGCAAAAAUACCGUUAUUUCAAGAGAAGGAAGCCCCAAACAAAGUCAAGCAGAUGUUUCAUCUGUGGAAAACAAGGACAUUUUGCUAAUUCAUGUCCCCACAAGACAAAAAAGGAGAUAAAAAUGCUUCAGUCCUUAAUGGAUGCAGCUUCCAUUGGAGAUAAAGAAGAUCUUGAAUCAGUACUUGAAGAACAAGAAGUUAAAGAUGGAGAAAUUGAAUAUGUUUUCCAAGAUUCUGAUUCAGAAGAAGACCUCCCACCAAAGAGAUCAAUUUUUUCUAUAUCCUCCUUUGCACCACCUAUAGCCUCCAUUACUUCAAAAAUUCCUAAAGGAUCAAAUUUUUCAGAAGAAGAACUUGGAUACCUUGGAUCCUUAGGAAUGAAACAGAUUGAUGGUACUCCUCGUCCUCAUUUUGAUUUGAAGGUCAAGACAUCCGUCUAUGACCAACCAACAAAGGCUGUUGCAAUAAUGCAUUAUGGAUCUUGCGCCAAUGUCCUAAGACCACAUGUUCUGCCAAAAGAAAUGUGGGCACCUUUUUCUAAAAGGUUCACAGCAGCUAACAGUGAAAUCUUCACCAUCAACCUUAUUUCCAAAAAACCUAUUGGUUUGGAAAUUUUUGCAAGCCAGACCACUUGGCUCAGGGUGCUGGGAAGCUAUCUCCCGGAUAAAGAUGUUCUAUUUGGCUUUGAUGCAUUCUUCCAAACUCAUGGAUUGCAUAUCAAACCCACUGGCCUAACUUACAAAGGGCAGUUUUUGCCUUUUGCGGGGAUGCAAAGCAUUUUUGAAAUUCAAGAAGCUCCAGAAGAAUAUAGAGAGAUCCAACAACUACUUCUUAGUACCUGUUGUGACAGUCAUGACCUAUUCAAUCACCCUGCACCUUUGUGGAAGAAUCCAGAAUUCUAUGUUCGCCUCCCCUUCAAAAAGAAUGAAGACAUCAACCCAACAAAGGCCAUGCAUUCAGGAAUGAACAAUGAAAAUUUAAAGUUGGCAAGAGCUGAAUGCGCAACCCUUCUUAUUCAAGGACUCAUUGAACCGACCAAUUCUAAUUGGGCAUGUCAAGCAUUCUAUGUUGAAAAAAGGGCUGAGCAAAACAGAAGAAAAAAGAGGCUUGUUAUUGAUUAUAAGCCACUUAAUGUCUUCUUACAAGAUGACAAGUUUCCUUUACCAAAAAUCUCAGUCACUACACAAAGGUUAAAUGGAGCAAAGAUAUUCAGCAAGUUUGAUCUAAAGGCUGGUUUUUGGCAAAUUGGGCUCCACCCUGAGGAUAGAUACAAAACAGCAUUUUGUAUUCCUGAAGCCCAAUAUCAAUAG